AUGCAACGGACAUCAGGUCUGCUGCCCGAUGGCCGUGGCACUGGCACAGGGUUGGACGUAAGGGUCACAAAGAGGAAAAUGCUCAAGAAACGCCAGCCCUGGCCCCUCCGCGUGCUGCAGGGCGGUGGUGCUCACGGGCUCCUGCUGCCGGAAACCCAGCCUCUCCUCUGGUCCUGGAACGAGCAGCAGCUGAGCAGGGGGAUGAGCCCUUCCUCGUCAUCCUCACUCGCCCGACCCUCAGCAUACCCGGGAGGUGGGACUAACACAGCCGCUGUGCAGAGGCGCCCACGUGUCCUGGCCCCGCGCUGGGAACAUCAUCACAGCACCCUCCUCGGACUUUGCAUCGCCAGCCCAUCCAGCCUGCUGAGGAUGACUCUCAUUUCCCCUCUGCCGGCCCAGGGCCCUCGAAGACUGCCAACGUGUGAGGACAGGCAGUAG